AUGUCGACGCCCAUCGCCUCGUCUCCGCCGUCGCCGCCGCCCAAGGGCGAUGCCUCGUGGAAGAUCACCAACAAGAUUGCCAAGGCCGAAAAGGAGGGCCGCAUCUGGUGGAGCUUCGAGUACUUCCCGCCGCGCACCGCCCAGGGCCUGACCAACCUCUAUGACCGCAUCGAGCGCAUGGCCGAGCUCGGCCCCGAGUUUGUCGACAUCACCUGGAACGCCGGCGGCCGCACCUCGGACCUCACGUCGCAGCUCGUCAAGACCGUGCACACCUACAUCGGCCUCGAGACGUGCAUGCACCUCACCUGCACCAACAUGCCUCGCGAAAAGGUCGACACCGCCCUCCGCGAGGCAAAGGAGUUUGGCUGCCGCAACAUCCUCGCGCUGCGCGGCGACCCGCCCGCCGGCCAGUCCGAGUGGGAGCCCCACGCCGCCGGCUUCACCUACGCCCAUGAGCUCGUCGAGUACAUCCGCGAAAACUACGGCGACUACUUUGCCAUCGCCGUCGCCGGCUUCCCCGAGGGCCACCCGGAGGCCACCGAGGGCAAGGAGCUCGAGAUGCAGCGCCUCAAGGCCAAGAUCGACGCCGGCGCCGACUUCAUCUUCACCCAGAUGUUCUACGACUUCGACAUCUUUGCCCAGUGGGUCAAGGACGUGCGCGCCGCCGGCAUUACCUGCCCCAUUGUCCCCGGAGUGAUGCCGAUCCAGACGUAUGGCGGCUUCCAGCGCGCCACGGCCCGCUUCCGCACCAUGGUGCCGCAGUACUUCCACGACGCCCUCGAUCCGGUCAAGGACGACGACCAGAAGGUGCGCGAAGUUGGGCUCAAGCUCGUCGGCGACAUGUGCCGUAAGAUUGUCGGCAGCGGGCUGGGCAUCAGCGGACUCCACAUCUACACGAUGAACCUCGAAAAGGGCUCGCGGAUGCUGCUCGAGUACCUCGGCCUGACGCCCUCGGUCAACCAGGUCAGCCCGCUCCCCUGGACGCCGAGCCUGACGCCCAAGCGGCGCGAGGAGAAGAUCCGACCCAUCUUUUGGGCCAACCGGGCCAAGAGCUACGUCAACCGCACCGAGACCUGGGACGAGUUCCCCAACGGCCGGUGGGGCGACGCCCGCUCGCCCGCCUAUGGCGACUUUGACGCGUACGGCGUCAAGCUGCGCUACUCGCCCGACGAGGCGCUGCAGCUGUGGGGCACGCCGACCAGCCUCGACGACGUCAAGCAGCUGUUUGUGUCGUUCUGCGCCGGCAAGGUCAAGGCGCUGCCGUGGUCCGAGACGGGUAUCGCCAAGGAGACGUCGGUCAUCGACACCAAGUUGGCGCGCAUGAACCAGCUGGGCUACCUCACCAUCAACUCGCAGCCCGCCGUCGACGGCGCGCGCUCCGACGACAAGGUCCACGGCUGGGGCCCCAAGGGCGGCUACUGCUACCAGAAGGCCUACCUCGAGUUCUUUGUGGCGCCCGACCAGCUCGAGGCGCUCAUCUCGCGCAUCGAGCUCGACCCGCAGGUGACCUACCACGCCGUCAACGCCCAGGGCGACAUGAAGACCAACGUCAACUCCGAGGCGCCCAACGCCGUCACGUGGGGCGUCUUCCCGCACUGCGAAAUCAUCCAGCCCACGAUUGUCGAGUCGAUCUCGUUCCUGGCCUGGAAGGACGAGGCGUACGAGAUCGGCCGCAACUGGGCGCGCAUCUACCCGGCCGGGUCCGAGAGCCGCCGGCUGCUCGACUCGAUCUUUGAUACUUACUUCCUCGUCAACGUCGUGCACAACGACUUCAAGGCGGCCGACGCCAUCUUCCAGCCCUUCCUCGAGGGGCAGGCGCAGGCGCAGUCAUCGGGGCAGGGCGUCGGCGGAAUCGUUUCGUCGACGCUCAAGGAGGCGGCCAACGGCGUCAAGAACGGCAUCGACGGCGCGCUCAGCCGCCUCACGACGGCCGACGGGUCUGCUCCCGCGGUCAACGGCGCUUGA